AUGACCAAGCGCACCAAGAAGGUCGGCGUGACCGGUAAAUAUGGUACCCGUUACGGUGCCUCCCUGCGAAAGCAGGUGAAGAAGAUGGAAAUCACCCAGCACGCCAAGUACACCUGCACUUUCUGCGGUAAGGUUACCGUCCGAAGAAAGUCCACCGGUAUCUGGAACUGCCGCUCCUGCAAGCGAACCAUUGCUGGCGGUGCCUACACUGUUGCCACCCCCGCUGCCGCCGCUAUGCGAUCAACUCUGCGACGAUUGAGGGAGAUUGCUGAGGUUUAA